UGACCAUCAAUAUCUCAAACGAGUAAACGAGCACAUGCUGGCAAGCUCUCGUGGUCGGAUCUUUCCUUAUAUCUCAUUGCUUUUCUCUCUGUAAAACCACUAUUCGAUUCUGGAGAUAGAAUUGAAUCACGACUCUCAUUCAGAUUCUGGGUCGAUUUUUUUUUUUUGCAGUCAAAAUUUUUUCAAAUUUUCUUCUCUAUAAGGAAAAUAGAAUAAUUAAUGUCUUCACCGACGCCCGGAGCAGCGCCGGCUCCGACGUCACCACCCGCUCCACCUGCCAAUACUUCCUCUCCUCCGCCUGCAGCAAGUGCACCGCCACCUUCUCCACCGGCGUUGGCUCCCCCACCUACCACUCCAACUCCUCCGGCGACUUCUUCUUCUCCGCCCCCACCUUUAACACCAGCUCCUUCCACUUCUCCUCCAGCGCCGGCGACCUCUUCCACUCCGGCCCCUUCCGGUUCUCCCCCAUCCACUUCCUCUCCGCCUGCAAGAACCCCAUCUCCUCCGACGGGUACAACCCCUUCUCCGCCUCGUCCACCACCGCGAUCCACUCCCUCGCCUCCGGUUCCAAGCAGUGGAGGAGGUAGCUCUACGACCCCGUCACCGCCGUCUGAUGGCGGAUCGUCGGGUAUAUCAACAGGUUUAGUGGUGGGAAUAGCAAUUGGAGGCGUGUUGGUGCUGGCAGUUUUGUGUUUGAUUUGCGUUUUUUGCAGAAAGAAAAAGAGACGAGAUCAUGUGCCUGUGGAUUACUAUACUCAGCAACCUCCCCCUCCUCCUCCUGGGCAUAAAGCUGAUUCAUAUGGUGUGCCAGCCAAUCAUAGGCAGCAUUAUGCACCGCCACCUUCAGAUCAUGUUGUUACAAUUCCUCCAAAGCCCUUCCCUCCUCCAGGGGUAUCUCGACCUCCACUUUCUCCUCCUCACCCGGCCCCACCUCACAUUAGCAGCAGUGGAGCUUCGUCCAAUAACUAUUCAGGAUCUUCAAAUCCACUUCCACCACCAUCACCGGAAAUGACUAUGGGGUUCACAAAGAGCACAUUCACUUAUGAAGAAUUGGAAAGGGCAACUGAUGGCUACUCUGAUGCCAACCUUCUCGGACAAGGCGGUUUUGGGUAUGUGCAUAGAGGGGUUCUUCCUAACGGGAAAGAGGUCGCUGUUAAGAGGUUGAAAGCCGGUAGUGGACAGGGCGAAAAGGAAUUUCAAGCCGAGGUUGAGAUCAUUAGCAGAGUGCAUCACAAACACCUUGUUUCUUUAGUUGGAUAUUGCAUCGAGGGGUUCCACAGAGUGCUUGUCUACGAAUUUGUGCCUAACAACACCCUUGAAUUUCACUUACAUGGAAAGGGAAGACCUCCAUUAGACUGGCCUACAAGACUUAAGGUUGCCUUAGGAUCUGCAAAAGGACUGGCUUAUUUGCAUGAGGACUGUAAUCCUAAAAUCAUUCACCGUGAUAUCAAGGCUGCCAAUAUACUCCUCGACUUUAAAUUUGAGCCUAAGGUGGCUGAUUUUGGACUUGCAAAACUGACUUCUGAUGCUAACACUCAUGUCUCAACCCGGGUUAUGGGCACAUUUGGGUACUUGGCCCCAGAAUACGCUUCGUCCGGGAAGCUUAGUGAUAAGUCUGAUGUAUUCUCAUUUGGGGUAAUGCUUCUUGAGUUAAUUACUGGGCGCCGUCCCGUUGACUCUAAUCAAGCUUUCAUGGAUGAUAGCUUGGUGGACUGGGCAAGACCUCUACUCACUCGUGCUCUAGAAGAAGGAAACUUUAAUACACUUGUAGAUCCACGGCUAGAAAAUGAUUACAACCACAAAGAAGUGUCGCGUGUGAUUGCUUGCGCUGCUGCUUGUGUCCGUCAUGCUGCCAGGCGUCGACCUAGAAUGAGCCAGGUUGUGAGGGCUUUAGAAGGAGACAUGUCGUUAUCCGAUCUCAACGAAGGAAUCAGGCCGGGGCACAGCUCGGCCUAUGGAAGUUCAUAUGGAAGUUCAGACUAUGACACUAUGCAAUACAAUGAAGACAUGAAGAAAAUGAGAAAGAUGGCUCUCGGAAGCCAAGAAUAUGGUGGUAGCACGGGUCAGUAUAGUAACCCGACCAGUGAAUAUGGGUUAAACCCAUCAGGGUCGAGCAGCGAAGGUCAAGAAACGGAGAUGAGUUUGAGGACGAACAAAGACAGCAAAGGGUACGGGACAUAUGGUGGAAGAUAAUAACAGCUUCUCAUUCCAUUGGAUAUGUGUAUAAGUUCAUUCUACUAUAGGCUAACCCUAUUCUUUUUCUACUCCUGAAUUUUGUGUGAAAUAUUCUUUUUCCCCCGCCCAAUUGUUGUAUUUAUUAUUAAUAAUUUAUUCAUUCAAAAGAGAUGAGGUGCUUGAGUGUUCAUAUGAAUAUAUUUGGUUGGUUGUAUGUUUGUUCAGACUUCUUACUCAACUUCCUGCUUUAG